UGUAUAAAAAGCUGUUUUUCCUAUUGAAAUGAAUAUAAUACGAUUUGAGUGGGCCAGAGGAUAACAGACCAAGAGAACCUGUAAAAGGAGUCCAGCUAAGCCAUCUACCCCGCUGCACGUCUUCAUCAAGGCUUCAGGAAGUUGCCAGUUGGGGUAAAUCCGAUAAAUUUAACGGGGCAAUGGAUGAUCUGGCGUAAGCAGGUGCGACGCUGACUACAGACAUGGUAAACAACAAUGAUGAGAAUGAGGAAAGAAGGUGUUGGAAGUGAUUUUCUUUGCGCCUGCAUAAAGUAGCUGGCCUUUGAGCAUAGACGGACUAAAUUAUACAGGAAAACUUCUUCACUGCUAUGUCAAGACAAACCAAGGGACACUGAAUAGGCUGACCUGGCAUUGUUUUUAAUUGGUUCAACCCUCUCGGGCCCUAGAUAUCUACGGAAUGCAUACUAAGCCUUUUGGGGACUUAACAGUAUCAAUUUUGUCCGGGUAUGGAUGAUCGGACAGAAACAUUGUUUUCUAGGCUUAAAAUUUUGUAGGGUUACAGAAAUAAUUAGUUGUUUUUGAAACGGAUCGCUGCUGCAUUUGCAUCGAGCGGUAAGGUGGGGGUUAGGGAAGUGAAGCGAGUGAAAAAUGGGGCUGAUUUCAGGGAUUGUAUUCGGCAUAAUUGUCGGAAUAUCAGUGAUGGCGGGAAUGAAAAAAGCCAUGGCGUGGCGCAGUCUCAAACGUAUUUCUAAGGCUGUAGAUGUUGCACUUCUUGGUGGGCUUAACAGGGAUGAUUUGAAAAGACUUUGUGGUGACAACUAUCCAGAGUGGAUAUCAUUUCCAUUAUAUGAGCAGGUAAAGUGGCUUAACAAACAAUUAAGCAAAAUGUGGCCUUCUGUGGCAGAUGCAGCAGAAAUGGUGAUUAGGGAAUCUGUGGAACCACUCUUGGAACAGUAUCGUCCUCCAGGAAUAUCAGCAUUAAAAUUCAACAAGCUUUUUCUUGGGAAUGUAGCUCCAAAAAUUGAAGGUAUCCGAAUCCAAAGCUUGAAGAAAGGUCAACUCAUAUUGGAUUUAGAUUUACGUUGGGGUGGUGACCCCAGUAUAAUACUUGGAGUUCAGGCACUUGUUGCCUCAUUGCCUAUACAGUUAAAAGACCUUCAGGUCUUCACUGUAGUGCGUGUGAUCUUUCAACUUGCUGAAGAAAUACCUUGCAUUUCUGCUGUUGUUGUUGCUCUUCUUUCUGAGCCCAAGCCUAAAAUUGACUAUACGUUGAAAGCAAUUGGAGGGAGCUUAACAGCUAUUCCUGGUCUAUCAGACAUGAUAGACGACAUAGUAAACUCAAUUGUUUCAGAUACUCUCCAGUGGCCUCACCGAAUUGUUGUUCCAAUUGGAGUUGUAGGUGUUGAUACAAGUGAACUUGAGCUUAAACCACAAGGCCGGCUUAAUGUGACAGUAGUAAGAGCCAAUUCAUUGAAAAACAUGGAGAUGAUUGGAAAAUCUGAUCCUUAUGUCAUCUUACAUGUCCGGAUUCUCUUUAAAGUGAAGACAAAAGUGAUUGAUAACAAUCUCAAUCCUGAGUGGAAUGAAACCUUUGCUCUAGAUAUUGAAGACAAAGAGACUCAAUACCUUAUUCUUGAGGUGCUUGAUAAGGAUAUUGGUCAAGAUAAGAGCCUAGGUAUUGUUAAAUAUCCUUUGCUUGAAUUGGAACCUGAGAAGUCAAAGGAGGUUAACUUGAAACUCUUGCCAUCUCUUGACACUAAUAAGAUCAAAGACAAAAAGGAUAGAGGAACAAUUACUAUCAAGGUGCAUUAUCAUGAAUAUACCAAAGAGGAGCAGCUGGCAGCAUUAGAAGAAGAGAAAUUAAUAUUGGAGCAAAAGAAAAAACUAAAGGAGGCAGGUCUCAUUAACAGCACAGCAGAUGCAAUUGAUGGAGCAGUGUCAUUAGUUGGAACUGGUGUUGGGGGAGCAGUUUCAUUCGUUGGAUCUGGAGUUGGAUUUGUUGGCACUGGCAUUGUUCAGGCUGGUCGUUUCAUGGGUAGAACUGUUUCAACCCAAUUUGGUAAUUCUUCAAAGAAGAACAGUACGCCUUCACAGGAAAAUGGAACAAAGAUGUAGGUUAUCCAGUGCUUUUUGACUUCUUAUGGUUCAGAUCAUGUUGCUUAUGGAGUGUAACAACUAUGCAAUCAUCACAUGUUUUUAUAAGAUUCCUCGUGUCAGUACUUCAGAUAUACCAGUUGGCAUUCGUUAGCCCAUCUUUUGAAAGUUGCAUAAUAUUUAUCAGCCAUUGGAACAUUCUACUUCUUCUAUGUUGAGACAAUGGCUACAAGAUUUGUCUGUAUCAUAUUGAGCAUUUUUUAAUCUGUAUCAUCCUUAUUUUCCGUA